UGGCAACAAGGAGCUGUACUACCAUUUCCCUCGUGUUUCUGCAAGGCACGUUAAUAAACAUAAAAAAGGAUAAAACAGCAGUUUAGUUGAACAAAGUUCACAUAGAUUAAUAAAAUGAACCCAGAAAAACUGAGUAAGCUACAAGCUCAAGUUCGGAUUGGGGGAAAGGGAACUGCACGGAGGAAGAAGAAGGUCGUUCACCGAACAGCUACAACAGAUGAUAAGAAAUUACAGAGUUCGUUGAAAAAAUUAGCAGUCAAUAAUAUUCCUGGUAUUGAAGAAGUAAAUAUGAUAAAAGAUGAUGGUACAGUAAUUCACUUUAAUAAUCCUAAAGUGCAAGCAUCAUUGGCUGCUAAUACUUUUGCUAUCACUGGCCAUGCUGAACCCAAACAGAUCACAGAAAUGCUUCCUGGCAUCUUGAAUCAGUUGGGAUCUGAAAGCCUUACACACUUAAAACGACUUGCCACUAUCCAAAGUGCGGCAGGACCUGUCUCUGAACAAACAAACAGUGGUGUUGAUGAAGAAGAGGAGGAGGAGGAGGUUCCAGAUUUGGUUGAAAAUUUUGAUGAACCAUCAAAAGCUGAAGGUGUGUAAUGUAAAAAUAGAAUUUAAAGCCCUGUAUUAACAACUGUAAUUUUAUUGACUAAUGGUUAUUGCAACCAUUAGCCUUGUUUUCAAAAUCCGUGUAUCAAAAUGUGUGUAGUAAACUGAAAUUUGUACAAUGUUUGGCCCCAUCAUUAUAUUACAGUGGUGUGCACAAGUUCAGCAGUUCAAUGAGACAAGCAAAAGUGUGGUCAUUCAUGAGAAGCAAUGAACCUUAAUAAAAGUGUCUUUUUCUUUAUAAUUAGUUUCUUCGGCUUGAUGCUUUUUUAUGUGAAAUUAUUUUUGUAUGCUUAAGAAUAUAACAAUCUUUAGGUUAUAAAUUAAUUGCAUGUUUCAUUAUUAGUUUUAUUAUCCAAUUUAGAAAAUUUUAGUUUUAUUCAAGUUAUUUGCACAGAAAUGUUUAAAGUAUGUGUUGAAAAAAAUUUAAGAGAAUGUCUAUCAAACUUUUCUCUGUUUUUAGUACUGAGUAGUGUACAUUAUUUUAUUUAACUUCUGUACUUAUUGUGUUAACUUUUCUUUCUGAUGCAGUUUAGCAUCUAAAUACUUUCUAAAUUAAAUGCAUGUAAAUUUUGUUUAUUGUAUGGAAAAUAUUGUAUCCAUUUGUAGGCUAAUAUCACCUCUACUAAGAACUAACAUUAAACAUUUUUUUUUGUCUUAA